GAGCACGCUCUACCCUAUCCCAACAUAGUUACAGCCGCUCCGUAUCAAAAUUUCUGAACCCCAAUGAUAACUUCUAUUUUCACGCGCUCAGAAAUCGUGUUUGUUAAUUUUUGAACAAAAAAAAAAAAAGUUACCAUCUAAACAAUCGGAGAGUGUAAUCUACCCUAGCUAACCGCGAGUGAUAAUAGUACAGUACGCCUUCACGACCUGAACAAAUAUCCAAAGUGUAUGCAAACGACGUUUGUUUUUCGCUCCCUCCAGUUUCCUGCCCCAGUCUCCAUGGAGUCCCCAAAACCCUGCGGCACCUCAAACCCUUUCCUUUCCCUCUCUACUUUCAUCCACCAGCACUGCCUCCGAAUUGGUUCCGAGUUCACCAACCGACUCGAAGACACCAAACGCUUCGCCGGAAACCUAGCCGGGAAUUGGCCGCCGGCGGUCACCAGGCGUUUACGUCUGCCUCGGCCUCCUCCAGCCUUCGCAUCUCUGGUUCAGCCCAAGCACGCGUUGGCCGCCACUCUGAGCUCCGACCACGUCGCCAAGACUUUAGCCGGCACGGCUGUCUACACUGUUAGCAAUUCGAACAAUGAGUUCGUGCUUAUUUCUGAUCCCAAUGGAGCUAAGUCGAUUGGAUUACUCUGUUUUCGUCAGGAGGAUGCCGAAGCCUUUCUUGCUCAAGUCCGGUCAAGGAAAAGAGAAUUGCGAAGUCAGGCUAAGGUUGUUCCCAUUACUCUCGACCAGGUAUAUAUGUUGAAGGUUGAAGGAAUUGCAUUCCGAUUUUUGCCUGAUCCAGUCCAAAUAAAAAAUGCACUAGAGCUCAAAGCCACUGAUAUCAGAAGUGGAUUUGAUGGAGUUCCUGUUUUUCAGUCGGACCUACUGGUUGCGAAGAAGAAGAACAAGCGUUAUUGCCCCAUAUAUUUUACAAAGGAAGAUAUAGAAAAAGAAUUGUCGAAGGUCUCUAGGGCAUCGAAAGGACCAGGGGUUUCUCAAAAUAUUAUGGUUGGUAGUCUAGAAGAUGUUUUGAGAAAAAUGGAGAGGAGUGAAAAGAACUUGGGCUGGGAAGAUCUGAUUUUUGUUCCACCGGGCAAAAGUUUCUCUCAACACAUUCAAGAUGUGAUUAAAGCUUGAAGCGAUGGAGCAUUGAGUUCAACUGACCAUAGCAAAGAGCAUUUCGUGUGACACGUUAUUGUAGGAUUUCUGGGGUUUCUGAAAAUGGGCCCAAGAUUGGUGUACCACCCAAAACUGGUCGUCUUUUGCGAAAUGGAUCGGACUGGUGGAAGCCCAGUUGUUUGAAAGGAAGCAGAUGAAAGUAAGCCCAAAAGCCUAAGUAAGUAGGGAGGGACCCACUCUCAGUUGGUCUAAUUGUAAGAGGUUGACAGAAAUUGGAGUUGUGAUAGUUUACCAUACCAUCUAUCGGCUGCUAUUGUCGUGUAAAACAUGCCGUCUAAUUAUUCUGGAUUCGGAAAUCCAACCUAAAAUAAUUUUUUAUAAUGAAACGGCGAAUGAUGACUGAUUAUGAAAAGGAGAAAAUUAUUAAGAUA